AUGGACGCAGAGACGCUGUUCAGGUCGUACGCGCAGAUAUCCGACCUGCCGCCAAAGACACAGCGCCAGGUUCUGGACGUCUACCUGACACUGGCAUCGACCGUGGCCUCGGCCAUCAUGGGCACAUACGUGUCCUUGCACACCAACUUCAUCCAUCCAUUACUGGCCUCCAUUCUGCUUAUGCGACCGACAAAGGACAACCUGACACUGCGUCGCACCUUGCUGUGGACGUCGGGCUACAUGACCGGCGCCCUGCUGAUGCCGCUGUGCUCGGAAUUCCUGUAUCACAACCCUGGAAUUCUGUACGGCGCCAUGGGGUCGGCUGCCGUGCUGUUUGCGUCGUUUGCUCUGGGCGUUGUGAUGUCGACUCGCCGCCAGGUCAUUUACAUGAUCGGUGUGGUGGCAUUUGCUUUGGGCUCGGUGGCGUGGGUCAGUCUGGUGAAUUUCUUCUUCCCGACCCGGCUGCUUCUGACCGCUGAGAUGUACUUGGCGCUGGCCAGCACUUGCGUGUACGUGGUGCUGCAUACGCAGCUGAUGCUCGAUGAGGCGCGGCUCGGUGACCUGGAUCCGGUGGCACAUGCCCUGGUGUUUUUCAAUGACUUGGUACGCUUGUUUGUCCAGAUUCUGGCCAUCAUGGCCAAGAAUGAGCGCAGUAGGGAGGAGGAGGAGGACUCGAGACGCCGCCGCCGAAAGAGCGGCCGGACGAGCCACCGCAGCACUGCCUACUGA